AUGAUCAACAGCAACAUCAACAAGGUGAAGGCUUGUAAAAGCCUCAAAGACCAGCCCGUCGGGGAGCCGGACAGGGACAGGAAAAACAAACCGGACAAGGGCGAGGGCGACAAGGAGGGCGGCAAGAGAGGCCCGGUGCCUGUCCAGCCUCUCCAGCUCGCCGUCGCCGCCUCCAGAGACUCCAGGACCAAGGACAUCAAGGAGCAGAAGGCCCCCCGAGCGGCAGCACCACUCGCACCAGGCCGCACCAGGGCCCGGGAUGAUUUCAGGAUGGCUCGGGGCGGGAGCGGUUCUGUGGACAAACGCGGCGCCUACCGCGGCCGCGGGGUGUACACGAGAAAGGCGGACCGCGACGGGGACUCGUACGGCCCCAGGGUAAUCAAAAGCCACCCGGACUCGACGGCCGGCAUCUACAAACACCAUGCAGACUCCAGGAACAAAACAGAUUUUGGUUCUUUGGUACCAGAGGAUAGUCGAAUAUCUAAAGUCUUGCGGCGUUUGUUCCGAGAGGAAGAUUCUGAAAAAUUUGUUGCACUGACUUUGCAGCUUCAGGAUGCCCUUGGAGUCCCAGAGAAUAUGCAGUACAUUAAGAGAUGCUUUGAGAACAUUUUAGAUGCAUUAUUGGACCUGCUUUACAAUGGACCUGGAAUUAGUGCCAAAUCACAAAUUGCUAAAGCUAUGGGUCAUGUAGGAUAUGUUCUUGAUUCUGAAUUCAAGAGGUUUAUAGACUGGAUUUUUCCUAAGUAUACGUCUGAGAAGAACACUGAAGUGAAAUGCUUUUUAAUGGAAGCACUUCGUCAGACACUCACAUUGGAUGCAGAAACAUUGAAGCUUAAGCCACACUCAGUAACUUUGAUGAUGAAAAUGCAACAAAUUUUAGAAAAUACAGACCUUCCUGAUUUAUUUGUUACCUGUAUAGAAGUUAUUAUGCAGCUAUCUGCUCUAUAUCCUGAUACCUUGACUGAUUACUUCCGUGAUCUUGUUGAUAUUUUAGUUGGUUGGCUUAUUGAUAGCAGUCAAAGUGCAAAAAUGACUGAUUAUGCUGCAAAAAGUCUUCAGAGGCUUGCACCAUAUUGGAUUCAAGAAUUGAAUUUUUCUAUUACAUUCUUGGGACAGUUCUUAGAAGAUAUGGAGAUUUAUGGGGAUGAUUUUGUAAAAUCACUUUCCCCUCAGAAAGAUGAACUGCUCAGUGAUGCCAAAACGUCUUCCCCUGAUGAUUUCUUAUUUAAAGUUGAGGCUUUCAUUAAAUCUUUCAAUACUGUUAUCAAAGCUUUAGGUGAUAACAUGAGCCCAGCUAACUCUACUCACGUUACUUGGACCUUUCUUGGGGACUGUCUUUCAAAAGUCCUUGUUACAGUUAAGUCUGUUCUUGACGUUAGAUUUAAUGAAGACCUCAUCAUGUCUGUAAACGAAUGUGUCUGGUUACUUCUGUCUCAUCUCCAGACAAAGACUACACCAGGACAUGAUCUCUUGUAUGAAAUGUUUGAUUACUUGUUGGGUCAAAUUGACAACAUGUGCAAUGUAACAAUUUGUUCUGUCUUACAUGUUAUUGCAAAGGCUGUUCGUGAAGUUAGUGCCAACUUACCUUUGGAAUUAGUUCAGAAGUUACUGAGUCCAAGUUCCAGUGUAGUUAAACUGCGCUUUUCACCAAGCAAAUCAAUUCAAAAAGCUGCUUUAGAACUGUAUCAUGCUUUGUUAAAUCUCAAAAACAUUCCACUUCUUCAAGAGGCCUACAAGUAUGUACUUGGUGACUUGGAAGUAGCAUACCGCCAUGUGGUUCCUGAGCUGGAGCUACUUUGCCAAACCAAUCCGUUUGCAGAUGCGAAGUAUUCUCCUAGUGAAGCAGAAGUCGUUAUUCUAUUUCUUCUUGCUGCUCUGUCAGACCUUGCGAAUGCAAGCAACUCAAUUAUUGGAAUGUGGGCUCUGAAACCCAGCAUGUUUGAACUACUGGCAUUGAGAAUGAAACCUCGAGAAGUCAAGACACAUACUGGAUUGCAUUACACUAUACUAUAUCUCCUAUUCUCUCAUUGCUCAAAGUCCAAUAAUUUUGUGUCCAGCAGUAGCUUGGUGCAAGUAGGUUCUGGAACCAGAAGACCUCUUGUCUUGUCUGGCGUACCAUCUCUCAACAACUCUGAUUCUUCUGUAUCAUCACCAACAUCUGCUAAUCUGUCCAACAUCCUCCAGCUUCUGAAAGAAUCCUUACUAGACAACUGUUCACUUGAAGUUGACCUUCUACUACUCACAUGGGUCAGGGAAAUUUUGACUCAGGGUGCUCCAUACCUACCCACCAUGGCUGAGACAGUAGACUUUCAAUCAGUGUUAUCGGCUGUCGUGUCAAAAGGUCACUCAGCUUUGAAAAAGCCACCCAUAUCAUUGGCAGUUUGUGGAACUCUGCAAGUAGUUUUUCAAUUUCAAAACAUCUCUUGGAGGUCAAACUUCCUUACAUCAGUUACUGAAUUGUGCCUUCUUCAUAUAAAUUGUACCUAUGCUGAUGUGGCUACCGGUUACUCACAGUUGUUAUCUGUUCUGCCAUGGAACAUUACUUUGCCUGUACUAGCCCACAUGAAUUUUGAAGUGCACUCUCAGAAUCCCAAAGGUUGUGUUCCGCAGAAAAUUCGCUGGUCGUACUCUUCUCAGUUGUCAAAAAAUGAAGUUGGUCUCAUGGGUCAACAAGAGUUUAGACAGUUCAUGUGGUACCUUAUUCACGGAGAGGAAGGAGAACGCAGUUGGCUCUUAGACUUGUUCAGCCAGUCUUGGCCACUGAGCCUGUGCAGUAAUGUCAAUUCUGAUAACGAAACUUCAGCCGAUAGUUGUAAAUCUAAUACUCCCAAGGAUUUGAGUGCCAUUGCAAAGUAUUGCCAACCAGUGCUGCUUCAGUGGGCUGUGUGGGAUUCUGCUCAAUUUUGUGUCACAUCCAAACUAAGAACACCAUUGGGAAAGCCACAGGAGACUUUCACCAAAAUAGAAAGUGCCAUCAAGUCCCUAGCAAGAGAGGCCGAUGAUUUUGAAGCAUGGGAUGUUAUGAGAGUUCGUGUCCUUGUGGAUUUCCUCGAACAGCUCGAAAAAGUGAUUUAUAAUGCUGGUGAGGGUACAGCUCUUGCAAUAGAAUUGCCACCCAAGCAAGUACGUACCUUUUUCCACACCAACCGAAGCACGUGUGUUGAGUGGUUGACAAGGAUUCGCUUGGCGGUUGUUGCUGUGGCUCUUCGAGCAGGACAAGCAGCCACUGCUGUGAGGCAAGGACACGCUCUGUUGCAAUAUCUACAUGAAAUGAACAAUACACAAGGCUUGGAGUUUGAAAGAGCUGCUCUCUAUGUGGGAUGUGCACUGACACGCUUACAUGAAUGGGAGUCGGUCCAAGGAUUAUACAUUUGGGCAAGGAAUGAAUGUGGCAGGAAGAUCCCCCUGUUGAAGGGGUUGGUUGAACAGGCUGCUGGCAGACUAGAACAUGCUGUGGAUUUUUACUCUCAAAUCCUUAGUCAAUCCUCUGAAGAUCAUCAUGCUGGUGGUGAUUGUGAUCUAAGAAUGAGUGAGGUGGCUGAUGAUCAGCUUACAGAAUGCCAUAGAGCUUUACAGGAUUGGGCAAAAUUGGCCAAGUGGAAACUUGAUGAAAAGAACUCUUAUCCCACCAAUGGAGGGAUGUUGUUGCUUUCUACAUUGAAAACCAAUCACAUCGAAGGCUUUGCUGAAUAUGAAGCUGGGUCUUAUGAAGCUGCUGCUAGAUUGAUGGAAUGGGACACUGAAGCUGCAAGUAAUUUGACCACACAGCCGCGUACUUGGAACACGUUGAAAAUGCUCCGCUCAGCACACAGCAACUUGUCAAGUAUUGCUGUCGCUCUUGCUGGGGAAUCUUUUGUCCCGAUUUCUGAAGAUAUCAAAUUAAAAUGGAGUCAAUAUGUUGAUCAGUGCCAAAAUGAUGCCCAUCUGCUUCUGAAGGAAGGGUUAAGGAACACAACAUCAGAGUUGCUGCUUGAAGCAGCAGUCACACAAUAUGCUGCAUCUGGCCUUGCAGACCUUCUUCAUGCUCAAAAUAGUGAUUCUGGGCCUCUCUUGUUACCAUUAUCAGCUCAGGAUACAAACUUAAAAAAUCUCAACUCUGGAAUUUUGAGCAAUGCCCUUUGGUGGAGCGAGUUCCUAGAGCAUAUGGGUAUUCAAAAUCAAACAACAUCUAUAAGUGAACUACGCGUCACCACUGCUCACACAGCAAGGAAAGAAAAGAACCUUGGCUUUGCCCUUCGCUUGCUCAGCAGAGAACUUGGUGCUCCUGCAAAAUCAUCUCUUCAAGAAGUUGCUAAAGUGCAGAUAAACACUCCACACCUGUCAUCUCCUCUUGAGCUGAGAGCACUCACAGAAGUGGCCAAGGUUCUUUAUGCAGCUGAUAAGAAAGAUUAUGCUGUUUCUGUUGUGGUCCAUGGUGCUCAAAGAAUCCGUAAUUCUGAGGAUGCCAUUCUACAAGAGCGUGGUUCACGUUUGCUGCUCACUCUGGCAAAAUGGAUUCACGCUGACCCUAGUCUUGCUGUGUGCGGAGACAACAAAAGUGCCAUAUCUCACCUCCUCGAACAAGAUAUUGCUGGAGGAGCAGACCUCCUUGAUAUUCAAAACUGCAGUUUACUUACUCAAAAUGGUGUUCAAAUUAUUCCCACUACAGACACCACCAUUGGCAGAGUGUUGCGGCUGGCCGUUGUCCAGUGUCCUCAACUUGCUAAAUCUUGGGCACAUUUUGCAAAUUGGUGCUACCGGUGGGGAAGGAGAGCGGUUGAUGUUACCAAUGAAAUCGGAGGGCAACUCAGUGCUGCAGAUAAGGCAUGUGUUCAAGCCAUGAUGCCGCAAGAUGCUAGUCCUUCAGAUCUUGAAAGUGUUUUUAGUAUAUUAGGUCAAACAAGAGCUGUAGCCGAUGAAGAAGACAUAGAUUUAGAUAGCACAAAUACAAGUGAAAUGAUGGAGUCUCAGCUACGCACAGUAAAUGUCCUGCACUAUGCAAACCCUGAAACUCUUGCUGGGUUAGUUGGUGUUUGGCGAGAAGCACAGCAAAGGGUCUACAGCUGUUACCAACUUUCUGCCGUCGCCUAUUUUAAGUUCUUGCAAUUGUGUGGCCAAGAAGAAGCUUGUACCGAAGACUGUUCUACUGUCACUGCGUCCCUGCGACUUCUCCGCCUGGUUGUAAAACAUGCCCUUGAGCUGCAGUCUGUGCUUGAGGCUGGUCUGGCUGCGACUCCAACUGCCCCCUGGAAAGCCAUAAUCCCCCAGCUCUUCUCCCGCAUGGGGCACCCCGAGCCCUACGUGCGCCGCAGGGUGGCCGAGCUGCUGUGCCGCCUGGCCGAGGACGCGCCCCACCUCAUCACCUUCCCCGCCGUGGUGGGCGCGGCGUCGGGGGGCGCCAGGCUGCGCCACAUGCCCAUGCCGGGCACUGCCAGACUUUUCGGCACAUACCUUACCCCCGAGGGUGAGGAGGUUGAAAGCUUGGGAGAGGAGGAAGAAGACGAUGAAGAUGAUGAUGACGACGAAGAAGAGGAUGAGGAGGAGAAUGAUGGCAGUGGACAGAUGGUACUGAAAAACUGUUUCCUAGCCAUGGUGGAUACUCUUUCUAAGCAGGCUCCUGAAGCUAUAUCCCAAGUGCAACAAUUUGUUUGUGAACUUCGUCGCAUAACUUUACUGUGGGAUGAGUUGUGGCUUGGCACACUUUCUCAAAAUCAGUCAGAAAUCAAUCAGAAAGUAUCUCAACUCAAAGCAGAAAUUACCCGGGUGGAACAAAAUGGCUCUCUCAGCCCUACUGAUAAAGAAAAGCUGAUAUCAGAAAAAUACAGAAUUAUUGUGAAGCCUCUUGUUUUCAUCUUUGAACAACUGCAUGCUAUUACCUCUGUUACACCUGAAACUCCUCAUGAGCGGUGGUUCCAGGAAAAGCAUGGUAAACUUAUUGAGGUCAUAUUACAUGCAAUGAAAGAGCCUAAAGAUUUCAAACGAGCGGAAGAGUGGCAUACACCUCUCAAGUCGCUUCAAUCACGUCUCAAUGUCCGAAAUAACAAACGAGCUGCUCACACUCUCCGCAUGGAAGAUAUAAGUCCAACAUUGGCAUCUCUGAAGGACUCGUGCAUUGCCAUGCCCGGUGUGAGGUCUGGAAAGGGCCGCAUUAUCACCAUCGCUUCUGUGCACAAUCUCAUUUACAUUCUGCCCACCAAGACUAAACCCAAGAAGCUCAUGUUCCAUGGCUCAGACGGAAAGACUUACUACUACCUGUUCAAAGGGCUCGAAGAUUUACAUCUUGAUGAGAGAAUCAUGCAGCUUCUGAAUAUUGCCAAUAUGAUGCUGCGAACACCAUGGCUAGAAAACUCUUAUCGGGCUCGGCAUUACUCGGUCAUACCUCUUGGACCAAGGUCUGGCUUGAUCAGCUGGGUCGAAAAUGUAACGCCUUUGUUUGGCCUUUACAAGCGUUGGCAGCAGCGACAGGCUUCGGCACUCGCAGCUAAGAAUGGUGUGACACCUGUGCAAGUCAAGCGACCAUCAGAGCUAUUUUACCAGAAGCUGUCGCCGAAAUUAAAAGAGAAAGGAGUAGCCCUUGAGCACAGGAAAGAGUGGCCGCUACCAGUGUUGAGAGAAGUUCUGCAGGAGUUGAUGGCUGAAACUCCUUCUCAGCUACUUGCCAAAGAAUUGUGGUGCCAUAGUGUGAAUGCAGGAGCGUGGUACAAGACUUUGCAAACGUAUUCUCAUUCUGUGGCAGUUAUGUCUGUGAUUGGGUACAUCAUUGGGCUUGGAGAUCGACAUUUGGACAAUGUGCUAGUGGACUUGACAACCGGAGAAGUAGUCCACAUUGAUUAUAAUGUUUGCUUUGAGAAAGGAAAGACCCUUAGAGUUCCUGAGAAGGUACCCUUCAGAAUGACUCCAAAUAUUCAAGCAGCUUUGGGAGUUACAGGAGUUGAGGGCAUCUUCCGCAUGGCAUGCGAACACGUCUUGAGGGUCAUGAAGAAAGGCCGGGAGACUCUGCUGACCUUGUUGGAGGCGUUCGUGUACGACCCCCUGAUCGACUGGACCACUGGCAAUGAGGCUGGAUAUGCAGGCGCUGUGUAUGGCGGCGGCCAGGCCAUCACCCUUGAAUCCAAGCAGAGCCACAAGGAACUUGAACGGGAAGUGACUCGCACGAUGUUCUCUAUCAGAGUCGUGGAAAUGAGGGCGGACUGGCUUCAGAACCGUGACGAAGUGAUCGCCAGUUUGGUGGACAUGAUGACCUUGAUUGGAGGGUGGACUCAGUCUUGGACAGAGAUGCAGGGCACUCAGGACCAGCUGCAGGACUGCCACUCUCUCUUGGCCUUGGUGAAAGAAGCCGAAGUGCAAAUCCCCAACCGAACUCAUUCCCUGUACACCCUAGCAUUGCGUUACGCUGGGCAUAAGCGAGCUAAGGAUGCUCAAGAGGCAGCGCGCAGUUGCCUUCGUGACAAGCAAGCAAAAUGUGAUCAACAGUUGCAGCAGUAUAAUAGUGCCUUGUCCUGCAUACAUAGUCCUCAGUUCUCCUCACUUAGUGCUCCAGUAAACAAGGAGGAAUACAUGGUGUUUGAUCUUGUAAAAGAAUUCCUGCAGAAUGCUGGACAAAGCCAGAUGGUGUACCAGUGUGAGCAGUGGGAGGCAGAGAUGGAAGGCUUGGCUUUGAAGCAGAUGCAAAUCAUGCGGGGAUGUAUCGACCUUUUGAACCAAUAUGGAGCCAUUUGUGGCCUUUUCCCCACAUCAUACAUCAACAAGCAUCGCAUUGUCAGCUAUCAACGUUGGAUAGGUCUUCUGUUGGCUGAUCUGUCUAUUUCCCGAUGUCAAGAAGUUGUUGCGGAGUUUGGUGCCAUUCUUCCACCUACGGUGAAUGGAAGGACACCACUUCGUCAGCAAGUAGUGAAUUUUGCCUUUGGGCUUCAAACUGCUUUAGCUGAAGCCAAUAUACGUCUGCAGAAAAGCUAUGGUCUUUUGCGUGGAGAAAAUGGCAUUGAUGUGGGAGCGAGACUUGAAAAUGCUUGUGCUGAAGCUGACUCUGCUCUGAAUAAACUACGAAUGGGUGAUUCAUCUGUAAAUGUUGUGAUAGAAUGUGUUGUGGUCACAGCAUUAGUUUCCCUUAAUAAAAGGUUCCUUAUGAUGGAGGCUGCAUCUGCUAGUGCUGGAGAUUGUUUGGUUGACCUUACUUCCCGUGAAGGGGAAUGGUUCUUGGAUGAUAUGUGCUUAAUAAGUGGAAUGAUGACAAGAAUCAGCUCUCUCAUCCAAGGCCCAACAUCUGAUGCUCUUCAAUGUCUUAGCCCCAUACACAAGCUUUUCUGUGCAUUGCAGGAUUUGAAUUCCAAUUUUGCCUCAAUCAUCUUGCCUGAGGCUGUUGUGGCCCUUCAAACCGAAAAUCCCAGUGUUCUGGCCAUGAUUCAGAAGCUUUCAGCAAUCAUCAAAACUGCACCCAUGUCAUUGCAGGACCUAGUGGACCGUCUGGAUAUUCAUUUAAGCUGCAUUGCUAUUGGAGUUGAUUCUCCUCACAACGACGUACAUCAUAUGGUAACAGAGCUGCGGAACAAAUUUGAACUGUUAUUACAUGAGUCCACUGUGGGAAGCUCUGACAUUUCAGACGGCACAAUGUGUGCUGGUCAAAUGUUGCUCAUGGGCUUCAAUGGCCUGUUUGAGAAGUUGUAUUUAGACAGCCAUGGUCUUGCACCCAAACUUUCAAGUAUCAAUGCUAAUAUCCCAGUUUGCUGGAGAAAUCUUGAUCAUAUUCGUGAGGCUAAAGCUUUCUCAGGGAAAAUGAUGGACGAUCGAACUCGACCAGUUUUAGAAGAUAUUUUCCUCCUGAAAAGACUGCAGACUAUGGAUGAGUUCUUCUGGAUGUGUUCCGCUGUGGGCCGAUGUUAUAGAGGUGAUAUGCCUGAGCCUGGCGACCCACCACCUCCCAUUCUUGUUGAUGAAGAAAACCUCUUGAAGCCGGUCCGCAGAUUCUCUGCUGACUUUGUUAGUCGCAUGUUAUUUGGUGUUGUUACCCACACAAUGGCCGUUGGUGUCUGCAAACUGCUGCAGAGUAUGGGUCUAAAUGUAACAGGUGAAAUUGAACAACGAGACAUUGGAGCAGAAAGUAAAGUGUCCCUUGAAGAGUUAAGCCGCAAGGCUGUAGACCGUAAUUGUGGCCUUAGAAGUGCAGUGCUUGCUCAAGUUUCUGCCCAUGUGUCUGCUCUUGAGUCGUGUUGGCGGCGAAGGGAAUCGCAUAAAACAUUGACAAAUCUGAUCAGUCAACAAACUGCGACUGUCCAGCGUCUCCAGCUGGCUGUGACCACCCAUUACUGGCUGCAUGAUGUUGUCCUGCAGAGUGUUCCUGGAAUACCACCGCCGCCACCUUUCAAUCGAUCUGUGUUCAUGUGCGACUUGCAGCGUUCACAUGAUGCUCUGAUCGUGUUGCAAUCUCAAAUCAAGGAAGUUCACGAAAGGCAGCAGAGCCUAGUCACUACUGUAGAACAGAGGUUGAAGUGGGCUGCCGGAGCUAACCCAGCUGUAAAUGAAGUUUUGUCAGCCUUUGCUUGUGCUGUGGAAGCGCUGGAAGAGCGGAUUCAACGAGAGCAGGGGAUGGCCUCUGUAAUGACAUCGACGUGCGGCAGCAUUUUGCACCAUGAAUUUAUAAGAUCCAACUGUCCUGCUGGCAUGCAGAUGGAUACCAUAUUUUUGCAGCUUGUUGAUCAAUGUGAAAAAAGUUGUCACAUUUCAUGUGAAACUGGAGAAGUUCUGAGUCCAGCUGAAGAGAGUCUUCUUCAAAUGGUGUCUUUGGAAGGACAAGUUGAUAAGGCUUGGAUACAAAAAGCUGAGGUAGCCAUAUCAGACAAAAUCAAAAUGCUGCAGCAGAAAAUGGCUUCUGCUCAAGAGAUGGUGUUUUCAGGCCAAGAAAGCAUUAAGUCCCAAGUUUCUGUUUUACGUACUCAUCUGAGUUCCCACAACAGAUUAAUGGGUGACGUUCGCUCUUUAAUAAAAUCCAUGGCUAAAUUUGAGGAUGGUGCAUUUGUAGGACUGGGUGACUAUAUGGUUCGAUAUCGUGCUUACUCUGACCAGUUAAUUUCAUUGACUCGCCAACUCACUUCAGCUGAUAGUCUUGUACACACUCAUGUGGGAACUAUUUUGAGUCAAGUUCAACUUUUGAUAGACAAUACAAGUGCCAUAUAUGAAGAUCUUCUGUGCUUCUCCUCACCAUUAGAGAAUGAAGAAGUUUCAGACACUGCCAACAAUACUAGAUCCAAGAGGCCGACUUUAGUGCGACAGAGUAGUGUGUGCUUCUCACCUAAAAAAGGAAUGCCAUGUCCAGAGAAAGAGUUGCGCAGGGACCCUCACACAGGCAAAGCUAUGCAAGAAAGAAAUGAUUAUGCCAUGAGUGUUUGGAGGAGAGUUCGUACAAAAUUAGAAGGAAGAGAUCCAGACUCAGCUCGACGUUCUACUGUUUCUGAGCAGGUUGACUUCAUCAUAAAUGAAGCGACAAAUCUGGAUAAUUUGGCCUUACUUUAUGAGGGCUGGACUCCCUGGGUUUGAAAGCUGGCAGAUGCAGAGAUGAGUCUAGUUUUCAACAUUGGCAGUUUCACUGCUUGAAUCAAAGCCUCUUUGCUCAUCCCAGCUAGCUGGCUGAGAGAGAGAAAGAGAGAGAGAUGUGGUGCCUCAGGCUUGCGCCUAGUCCCUCCGGACCGGUUUUCGUAGCUAAGUGUGGAUCUGAAUGUUCUUGCACUUGCUCGGCCGUCAAGGGCAGCUUUCGGGGUGUUUCUCCCAAUCUCUGGGAGUCGUUGAAGUAAUGAGAAGGAAUGAUUUUUCACACGUCCAGUGUGCAGGAGCUGUCAUCUAAGGUUUAAGUUGGUUAUUAUGUUUGUGUCAGAUUUGAAGUAAGCUUUCUUAAGAUUCUUUUGCGGGGACAAUGAAAUCAAAGGUUUCAAGAAUUCCCCACUUGCAUUGGCCUCAACUUCCUUUCCAUUUUUUUAAAAAUUUGUAUGUGGUUUCUCUGUCAAAUGGUUUAAAGGUGAGCAUUAUUCCUGGUUAUUUUCCCUAUCCAAUCCAUUUUUAACAUCUUUCGCUGAGUUGAAUCAAGUUCACAUAACUUCCAGUUUAGUAACUUCCCAGGAAAGAGAUCUGUUUAUAUGUGCCAAUUAAAGCUUGUCAAGGAAGUGCCAAUCCAUGUGCCAAUUAUGUUGUUUGGACUUUUUACUUCCAGUGAAGUUUAAAUAAUAAAUGAAUUUCCUUGGUACUAUGAUAGUAUUGAGGGAGACUAAGACUUGGGCAAAUCCUCAAAUAAUAUCUCUAUUUCUAACUUUGUCUUUACAUUAUCAAAGGCACAAAAACUUGAAAGGUUUAUCUCAUCAAUUAAUGUGCUAACUACAAAAGUAAAUACAUUGACCAAUUUAAUUAAAAAGUAUGAGUGUUUGAGAAUUUAUUGAUAUGGAGAUGAGUUAGUUGCCCUUUGUGAACUGGUUCAGCAACAGUCUUUAUUCAAAAUAAACAAAGAAACUGACUUUUGAAUGUUUAUUCAGUACUUCAGCUGUGGCACAAACAUAAUGAACAAAUGGAUGCAGGGUGAUUCCAUUGUCUUUGUGCUUGUACUGUACUUUCACCUCACCUCGACUUGAAAGGAUGGUUUCAGUUUGUGUUAUUAUGGAUGCAGUUGAGACGCAUCCUGUAAUUUAUCCAGCAAUUGUUCACUUUACCCUCCAUUCAAAUUUUUCAGGAUGUUUUUCUUUUAUUAUAAUAACUAAAGGGAACAUUUCGAUGCGUUCUAUGUGGGGAGUAAAAGUUUUGCUGUUUAUUUCAAAGUGAAACAUUUUUUUUUACCGCUGCAAACAAAAUUUACAGUGUGUCCUAUAUCUCAGUAAACAUUUGUUUGCCCAUGUUCCAGGGUACCUCCCUAGAACUCCUUCUGCUUUUUCUUAUUGUAUCUAGAUGAAAAACAAAGAAACAGGCUAACAGUAUUUUUGGUCAUUUAAUUUCAUCUAUUUUUAAAUAUCUUAGCUCAAGACUUUAUCUGUUAACAUGAAGUCUGGACAGAUUCACUUCAGGAGUAAAUUUUGUUCAAUCUGAUUGUGUUACUGUAGUUUGUAACACCACGCACAAUUGCUUUGUUCCAAUCAAUUCUGUUCAAAGAAUGAAGGCAUUCUGCAUUGUAUGUGACUUCUCUCUUAAGUCAAUUUCUUCGAAAUUUUCGUCCCAUAACUUUCUAUUCCAAAUCGGAGCAUUCAAUGCAACUUUGAAGAUCUGACAGAUCCUUUUAAGUUCUAAGUUUUUUUUGUUUUAGUUUUUGUUGUACACUGGUCAAUCAGUUAGUGUGCAAAAAAGGCGUGCAUGUUGUCUUUCAUUCUGUUUUAUACCUUCUCAUUUGUUUUUUUUUUACUCAAGUAUUAUUACCCACUUUUUAAAAAAUCGAUAACUAAUCUUCAAUUUGUAUUGCAUGCAAUACUUUGUGGGUAUCAAAACAUAAUCUUGGUGGUCAAUGAGGAUUUUACUUGUAGAUUCAUGACUAGUAUUUUUUUCUUCUCUUUUCUCAUAUGGAAACAAUUUUUAUGUUAAUUUGAUAAGAUUCUGUAUUUUGUUAUGAUGUCUUCUCCCUCUUUUUUUUUUCUUCCUAUUUGUGUUUUUAUGCAAUUAGUCAACACUUCAGAGAGUGUUGGCAUGGUUAUCAUUUGGAAUAAGUUACUUCUCAAUGGUUCUCCGUUAAUCACUUUUGACCAUAUUUUCUUGAUAUUUUCUAUCUUGCCUUUCAUCCCUCUGUGUUCACCUUACCAAGGGUAUGAUCACUGUCUACAUAAUGCAGCAUGCAGUGAAUUUCUUAAUUUUGAAUCUUAUCAAUAAAAUGUGAUGUCAAGUA